AGAAUUCUACCGUCAUCAUAUGAAAAGAUCAACAUCCAUCCUUGUAUAAGAAAUAUGCAGAGGGACAGUGGAGGGAAGACGGCUCCCGUUUUACCAAAACUGAAAAGCCCGCAAAUGUACCAAGCGAGCAAAUCAUCAUCGUCAACAACUGGGCACAGUGGAACAGAAAGCGAAAGUUCUGUCCUUGGAAAGCGCAACAGCUCGGAGUUGGACAUUGACAGCAUAGAGCCUGAUGAGCUGAAACGGCAGAUCUACCGCCUGGCGCAAGACAACAGCAAUCUGAAACAAGCUCUGACCAAGUCUCAAGAGGAAGUGAAGAAGCUCAAAGCCGUGAUUGAGCUUCAUGAAAGCCAAAAGAAGUCCAAGGAGGACAAAUCUCAGUCCAGGUAUUGGACUGAAGCCGAGCAUCAGAGAUUCCUCGAUGCUCUUCAAACUGUGGGACCGAAAGAUGUUAAGGCUAUCGCACAGUUUGUAGGGACCCGUUCAGCGACGCAAGUACGAACUCAUGCGCAGAAGUACUUCAUCAAGCUUGCGAGGAUGAAGAAAUCAGCAGAGGAGGCAGCUAAGACUGGAGGCCCCGACGCUGCGCAGGCAUGGUGGUUGAAGGCCAUGCAAAGCAAAUCAUCCUCGUCAUCCUCAUCCUCCUCCUCAAGUUCAGAGAGAGAGAAGUCUGAUCGCAAAUCUAAGAAGGAUGCGAAGAAGCACGGCAGCCGACACCUGGACAUCAACGAGAUGGACUCGAGCAGCAUUCAGGCGCUUGCUGAGAUGGUCUGCGCGUCGGCAUCCGCCCUUGAAGCCUCGUCCACUGGCACGAAGAACUCACCGGAGAAGAAAUCAGAGAAGAGGUCAAGACAUGCGGAGGCAGGGACCACAGACGAGCCCUCGUCCUCGAGGAGAACGUCUAAUGCCACGUCUACGAAGAGCAAGGCCUCAACCCUCGAGCUCGGGGGACUGCAGGCGACUCGGACGGGCAAAGGAAACAACCUAACGUCUUCCUCCAAUGAGGAGUCGGGGGCGACGGACGGGAGCUCUACCCAUGGGAACGGUACCUCGAAUGGCAGCUGGAACGAGUCGGGAUCAAACAACAGCAUGAGCCUCAACUCGGAGGGGUCGUCAAAUAAUGCAAGUUCGCACAACUCCGAUGGGGGUUCGAACAACUCCAAUAACGACAGCGGAGGAGUCUCGGACGGUGGAGGAUCGGACGGAGAGCCGAGCACGAGAUGGUACGUGCCACGUGGCGGUUUUUUGUAAGCUAAGAU